AUGACGCAACCGCUUGUUUCCCAAAAUGGGUUCAACCCUUUUCAAAUUCCAUUGUUGAUCAAUGGAGUUUCAGUCUUUAACGAAUCAAACACGGAAAAGCACUCGCCCAUCCCCAAUGGGCAUUUCCAAGGAGCCAACCUUGCUGACUGCGCCGAGGCCCUGUCCAGUAGCAGCGAAGCCUUCCUCCAAUGGUCCACAACGCCUCCAACAACCCGGCGAGCUUUGCUCCUCCGCCUAGCAGAGAUUUUGAAAGAGCGCCAGGAUGAAGUCAAGAACAUCAUCAAGACAGAGAUUCACUGCGGUGACGACUGGGCAACAGAAAAUGUCAGCAGCAGUAUCAAGUUGAUCCAAGAGAGUGCAUACCUUCUUACCUCCAGGAGUAUGAAUGGCACAAUUCCUUACACUGAGGCCGAGGGCUCAUACGGCCUCGUUUUCCCCCGUCCGUUGGGCGUCGUCCUCGGAAUCGCUCCUUGGAACGCCCCUUUGAUUCUCGGUUUUCGCGCGGUUGUUGCUCCCGUCGCGGCUGGCAAUACUGCCAUUUUGAAGGGCUCCGAACUUAGUCCACGGACGCACCAUUUCAUCGCCGAGCUAUUUGUGGCUGCCGGGUUUCCCCCUGGUGUCGUCAACUUCAUUCUUCAUCGACCCGAAGAUGCAUCUGAGGUCGUUACGACACUCAUCAAACACCCUGCAGUCAGAAAGAUCAAUUUCACAGGCUCAACCGAGGUUGGGCGAAUCAUUGCUCAAGAGGCUAGCAAGGUCCUCAAACCAGUCUUGCUGGAGCUGGGCGGAAAGAACUGCUCAAUUGUUCUAAACGACGGUGAUGUGUCCCGAGCAGCGGAGGCUGUCCUUCUAAGUGCCACUCUGAACGGAGGCCAGAUCUGCAUGUCAACAGACCUUGCAGUGGUUGUCCAAGAUGUGGCUGAGGACUUCAAAGCUAAGCUUCGGCAGCUUCUAGCCGAUAGAGCUGGAGAAAGCUUCCAGCUGGUAGGGCCAAAAGGCGCAUCUAGGACGCGCGCGUUGGUGGCAGAUGCGGAGGCAAAGGGGGCCAAGUUCAGAUCCUCCACUAAAACCCCGGACACGAAGACGGUCCCCGUGACCAUUCUGGAGGAUAUAGAUCCAUCUAUGGACUUCUUUAGGGUGGAAUCCUUCGGACCUUGCGUUGGUGUAGUCGUCGUUCCUGAUGAGAACGAGGCGAUCAAGGUUGCUAACAGCAGCGAUUACGGACUGUCAGCCGCCAUCUGGACCAAGGAUCAUUACAAAGCAUUGGAGAUGGCGCGCAAGCUUCAAGUUGGCGCCGUUCACGUAAACUCUCUUACUGUUCACGACGAGGCUACACUCCCGCAUGGAGGAACCAAGUGUAGCGGGGUUGGGCGGUUCGGAGCAGAAUGGGGACUUGCGGAAUUUGUUGAGACACAGACUGUUAUCAUCAAUCCGUAG